UGGAUUUUAUUUAAAAAUAAAAGACCCUGCCGGGGAGGUCUCUCUAAAUAAAGAUUUAGGAGGCUGCCAGCGGUCUGCCAGCCCCCGUCGGCUUCUUCCAAGCAUCACCCGCCUUCCCCUCGCCAGCCGGGGGAGCUGGGCCUGCUCAGGCUGGGACGGGGUGAAAUGGCAGCCUCUUCCUCCUCCUCUUCGGCCGGGGGAGUCAGCGGCAGCUCCGUAACAGGAUCGGGGUUCAGCGUUUCCGACCUGGCGCCGCCCCGAAAAGCCCUCUUCACUUAUCCCAAAGGAGCCGGGGAGAUGCUGGAAGAUGGCUCCGAAAGAUUCCUCUGUGAGUCUGUCUUCAGCUAUCAGGUUGCAUCUACAUUAAAGCAAGUGAAACACGAUCAACAAGUGGCACGGAUGGAAAAACUAGCUGGUCUGGUGGAAGAGCUGGAGGCAGAUGAGUGGAGGUACAAGCCAAUAGAGCAGCUCCUGGGCUUCACUCCCUCCUCGGGCUGAGCGUGUCUGGAUCGCUGCUGUCAGGGAGCAGAAGAAAAACAUUCUCUGGCCUGGCUUCAAAACACACCCCCAUUUAUCAGGAUGCUGACAGCUGCAUCGGCAGCACUGGGCUAUUUUUUUAAGUUGAGAGCGAGGAUCCCCCCCGUAAAGCUGCCAGUGAGUGGAAAUGACAGGAUUCUUUAAGUCCUCUGCAGCGUUACAGUCUGGCAGGGCUCGGGUUCUGUAACUUAGAAGGUAGGAUCAGUUUUACACAACUCGGAGAAUCACCUUAUUGUUUACGGAGGAGGGAAGACUUACAGCGGGGCGGUGGUGGGGAAAACAACCCAGUGGCUCGGCCUGGCCUUUCCCCGGCACGUGGCUGAAGGUCUGGGUGAUCCACGAGCUGAGGAGUUGUGUCUUUGCUGCUCAAGCCAGGCCUGUGUUGAGCAGAGGGAAUGACACCCUGCCAAAAUCACUCUUCAGCCCUGGCCGUUGUUUUGGGGGAUGAAGAGGAUGAGAAGGGAUGAGUGGUGACACUUCCUUCUCCAGAGGCACACGGGUGUGUUGCCAACACGGGUCUCUCCCUUGCUGUUUCUCUUGCCUCUGCACAGCGAGCGCUGGUGGGAUGGUGCUCUCCAACACAGAAGCUCUAUCUUUGAAACUCUUCUUCCUCUUGGCUAUUGAUUAGAUCACUCUGUGAUAAUAAAAUAAUUCUUGUCUUUGAAACAA